AACUCCAUUUUGGUUCGUUACCCUCAUGGUUGGAUUCUUAGACCAUGUGAAAUCGGAAUCCAUGGAGCUCAAUUCCAUUACCGAGGUUACUUGAAACUUGUUUAUCAGUGCAACCCAAUUACCCAUUGUGACUGGAGUAGUACUGGAAAGAGCUCAGAGACAGAGACCACCGCCCAAGAAAUAAUCAAGUACCCAUCAUAAAUGCAGCUCAACCAAUCCCACUCUCCUUUAAUGCAUACUCCUCAACACACUAUUCUCUCUUCUUUAACCAAUAGUCUCUCUUACUCUGCAUCACCUCCAAGGAGUUAUCAAGUUAUCAAUUUUUCUCCGGCGAGAAGAGAAUGUCAGAAGCCGGAAAGCUCGUGAACGUACACUCGGAGCUGACGGUAGUGUCGGACACACCAGUAGAGCAAGGGAAGAGGGUACCAUUGUCCAUAUUGGACCACGCCAUGGGUCUCCAUACCAUUCACAUUGUCUUCUAUUAUAGGUACGAUCGUCCCAAGUCAGACGAUCUUGGCCGCCUGAGGGAGUCUUUGUCUCAGCUCCUCACCUUUUACCCGCCUGUGACCGGCCGGUUACGGAGGAGAGCGGAGGACGCCAACUGGGAGGUUACUUGCAACGAUGCUGGGGUCAGGAUUUUGGUGGCUAGGGUCCAUACCACCCUCGAUGAAUGGCUGAGAUCUGCUGAUGGGUCCCGCGAGAGAGAUCUGACGGUCUGGGAAGACUUUCCGGAGGAUGAUACCACUACCUGGUCUCCUUUCCGCAUUCAGAUGAAUGAUUUUGAAGGUGGAGGUCUGGCCAUUGGACUCAGUUGUACGCAUCUGUAUGCAGACCCUACCUGCUGCACUACACUGUUGAAGACAUGGACCGACAUACACCAGCAUGUCUCCAUUGCAUACCCACCAUUCUUCCAUCCUCCAGCCCUACGAGGCCGAGCUAGUCCCAACACAAACACUAAAUCUGCAGAUUACUAUGCAACCAAGUCAAAGGCUCAACACCCAUAUCCUGUGAAAAUGUCCACUGUGACCUUCCGUUUCUCAGAGACAAUGAUCAAACAGUUCCUAUCAGAAGUCCAAACUGAGUGCCCAGAUUCUACCCCUUUUGAUGUUCUUGCUGCACUCUUCUGGUCAAGUGCAAUGCGUGCCAAGGACGAGAUGUGCAAGCUUUCUAUAGGUAUUGACUUCAGGAAACUGUUGCAUGCCCCUCUCCCACAUGGUUAUUUUGGUAAUGCUCUUCAUUUUUCUCUGGUUUCAUUUGAGGAAAGUAAGAUGGGUGAAGGUGGAUUUGGAUUAGCUUAUUUAACUGGGCUUGUGCAUCACCAUUUGUCAAAUCUUGAAGAAGAGGAGUUGUGGUCAGCUAUAGAUUGGCUUGAAUCACAAAGGGAAGAAGGAGGGAAAUAUGCACAACCCUUCAGGAUGUAUGGGCCUGAGCUGACAUGCGCCAACAUGGAGCAUGUGUUUGCAUACACAGGCAUUUUAGAGGACAUGAAGCCAUUACAUGUCUCAUAUCAUGUGGGGAAUAUAGAGGGUGAAGGGCUGAUUUUGGUUCUCCCAUCACCUGAAGAAGGGCUAGGAAGGACAGUGAUGGUGACUUUGCCAGAGGACCAAACCAAUAAGCUAAAAAAGGAUCCUGCUAUCAUGUGCCUGGAGCCUACCAUUCUUGUUAGUGGGUGUUGAUAAUCUGGUUUUUAAAGCAUUCAUGAAGUUGGUGUUUGAUUGCAGGAAUAAUUCACAGAAGGAAAACCCAUUUGAUCAUUGCAUGUAAUACUGAAUUUCUAGGGGAUUUUAAUUUCUAGACAGGUUGUUUCUUGUUCAAAACUAGAAUAUUGGAAGAUAUUUAUCUGAAAGAUAAAUAGUUUUCCAAGGGAAAUAUCAUUCCACAUGGAAAAUUGGAAAAUAAUGGGAAUGUGCUCAGCUCCUCUUCCAGCCUUUCUUCAUGCACAAACAAUCAGCUCCUCACUUGGGUAAGUGUAAGGAUGUAAAUGGAUGGUCAAAAAUUCAUGUUUGGUUUGUGUUCAUAUCUGAUUAGAGGAAUCUGUAAUUGAGUAAUUGGUUUCUGAAAAAUUAUCUGAUGUGGAUACAGAUUUCAAUUUCAAACAUGAUAUUAUCUGAUCUGUUUAGAUCCGAUUAUAAAAA